AGGGAUCCCCGACGUCCAAAGAUAAGACCGAAGGGAGCGUCCUUGAAUCUUCCCCGCUGAAAGCAGCCGCGCUCGGUGGAAGCCCCCGGGUUUCUGGAGAAAGACAAGCGAGGGCGGCUCGCACGGCACCAUGGCAUCGACGGAAGGUGCCAACAAUAUGCCAAAGCAGGUAGAAGUACGAAUGCAUGAAAGCCAUAUGAGUCCAGUGGAACAUCAAUCGAAGAACCUCUGUGUACGACUCUGGCUUUCACUCAGAAAAAAUAUGCUCCUUUCACUUACUGUAUUUGGUGUCAUUAUGGGAGCCUUAUGUGGAAUGCUCCUUCGCAUGGCAGCUCCUAUUAAUCCUGAUGUCGUCAUGUUGAUAGCCUUCCCCGGAGAUAUUUUGAUGCGGAUGUUGAAAAUGUUGAUCCUCCCUUUAAUUAUCUCAAGUUUAAUCACAGGGCUGUCAGGACUGGAUGCUAAGGCCAGUGGUCGAUUAGGGACAAGAGCUAUGGUAUAUUAUAUGUCCACAACAAUCAUUGCUGCUGUCCUGGGAGUGAUCUUGGUGUUAGCCAUUCAUCCUGGCAAUCCAAAACUCAAGAAGCAGCUGGGAGAAGGAAAGAAGAAUGACGAAGUAUCCAGUCUUGAUGCGUUCUUGGACCUUAUUCGAAAUUUGUUCCCUGAAAAUCUUGUGCAAGCAUGUUUUCAACAGAUUCAAACAGUUACCAAAAAAGUUCUCAUGCCUCAAGAAAUGGAAGAACCAUCUAAUGUUACAGAUUCCAUCUUUACCAUCGUGAAUGAAACAGAAGUUACUCCAGAGCCUCAAUUAAUUGUUAAGAAGGGCCUUGAGUUUAAGGAUGGAAUGAAUGUCUUAGGCCUCAUUGGGUUUUUCAUUGCUUUUGGUAUCGCAAUGGGCAAGAUGGGAGAACAAGCCAAGAUGAUGGUGGAUUUCUUCAAUAUCUUGAAUGAGAUCGUAAUGAAAUUAGUAAUUAUGAUAAUGUGGUAUUCUCCAUUGGGCAUUGCAUGCCUCAUUUGUGGAAAAAUCAUUGCAAUCAAAGAUUUGGAAGUAGUUGCUCGACAGCUUGGCAUGUACAUGGUAACCGUGAUUGUAGGUCUUCUCAUCCAUGGAGGGAUUUUCUUGCCUCUGUUGUAUUUUGUAAUUACGAGAAAAAAUCCCUUUUCAUUUUUUGCUGGGAUCUUUCAAGCAUGGAUCACUGCUCUAGGCACAGCUUCAAGUGCUGGUACCUUGCCUGUUACUUUUCGCUGCCUUGAAGAAAAUUUGGGCAUUGAUAAGCGGGUGACAAGGUUUGUCUUGCCUGUUGGAGCCACGAUUAAUAUGGAUGGAACUGCCCUUUAUGAAGCAGUGGCUGCCAUCUUCAUAGCGCAGAUGAAUGGCAUUGUUUUGGAUGGCGGACAGAUAGUCACUGUCAGUUUGACAGCUACUCUUGCCAGUGUUGGAGCUGCAAGUAUACCUAGUGCAGGACUGGUGACCAUGCUUCUUAUCCUCACUGCAGUAGGACUUCCCACCCAGGAUAUAAGCUUACUUGUGGCGGUAGAUUGGCUCUUAGAUCGAAUGAGAACAUCUGUCAAUGUAGUAGGAGACUCUUUUGGAGCUGGCAUUGUUUAUCAUCUAUCCAAGGCAGAGUUGGAAAAUCUUGAUGCCCAUCACAAGAUACAUGAAGAUAUUGAAAUGACCAAGACUCAGUCAAUUUAUGAUGAUCUGAAAACUCACAGGGAAAACAACUCAAACCAAUGCGUUUACACAGCUCACAACUCUGUCAUAAUAGAUGAAUGCAAGGUAACCUUGGCAACCAAUGGCAAAUCUGCAGACUUCAAUGCUGUCGAAGAAGAACUUUGGAAACAUGAGAAAUAAGAUGGAAACCCUUCAGGUCCAUCUUGAAUAAGUCCCUGAAGUUGUCUUUUGGUAAACCAGAUAUCAAGAUCCAAGAUUUUCCACUGUUUUUAUUUAGCAUAGAAAUGUGCUUACUUAAUGCUGUUAACUGAAACUUAGCAAUGGUCUUGUGAAGUCUUUGCUCUUUUAGUUUCUUGGCCAAAUAAUUCAUUUUAUUUUAUUAUUUGUUUGGAUGUAAGAGAAAUAUUUGGUUGGGUUUCCUCCUUCUGUUCAAAACAGAGAAAAUGUAGGCAUUUAAAGAAGAAAGAUUUGUAAAGGCACAAUAUAGCUGAUUUGCUUCAGGGACUAAAUAUUUAGCAUUAAGUAUAGUGUAUAUCAUGCAGAAUCUCCCGCCUGCUGAAUAUGUGAACCUGUAUAUUGGUGCAUACUGAAUACAGUGAGCAUGUAAUGUAAGACAUUAUUUCUUAAAUGCUUUACAUGUGCUUUACUUUGCAUAGUUUUCUUCAGUUCCCUUUUCUUCAAGCUGUCUUAAAAAUAAGUGAUCUACCUAAAAAAAAAAAAAUCCAGUUCCGAACUCCAGUGAAUGCCAAUACAUGCAAAAUAGCAAAAUAUUUUUAAUGAUAAAUUCCUCAUCUCUCCAUUCUAACAGUCAAACUUUUUGAGAUCAGAAUACAGUUUUUACACAACUGAAUUGGACACAUUUAUGAUUGUGGGUUCAUUUCCCUUUAAUUCCCAGUGGAAUGUCCUUCCAGUAGGCAAAUUUGUGACACUGGAAUUAAACAUAUGACAUGUUUGCACAGCUAACCAGGAAAUAAAUCUAUAAAAGCAGAAAAUAAUCAUAUUUGCAUGGAUCCAGAAGCAUCAAGAAAUCACAGGAAUGCUAAUGCAGUAGUUUUAUCAUACUAAAACUAACCCAAUGCCAGUUGCUCAGCAUACACCCUUCUGCUCUCCCCAAUCAUAUCUUACUGCUUCUUUGUUGAGAUUUGAGAGUGCUUCUUUUUAGGGACGAUAUCAUCUGCUAGUAAAUUCUCUUUCGUUACUCCUUUUCUUAAGAAGAAAUAAGUUAUAUUUAGCAUGAGUUUUGCUGUACAACAUCAAUUAGUUAUUUAAUCAGGGCUAAGAUAUUUUCCUAUAAGUACUAGAUAUCUCCCCGCCCAAUAUGUUGAAUCUUAAUUAUAUUAAGUAGAAUUAGUUUGGGCAAAUAUCAAUUUGCUUCUCUAGAAUAUUAAGUUUUAUUUGCUAUGGCACUCAAUGUGAUUAUAUCUUUGCCACAAUAUUGUAGAACGACAAAUCCUGCAGUGAUGCCAAUUUAAUAGCUGAACGUCUUUUCAAACUAGUGUUAUUCUCUGUAGAAAUAUGAAAAGAUCAGAUAGAGCUAUGUUUCUUCUUUUUGUUACAGUGUAUUAAAUAAUUGGCCCUGGUGAGAACGGAGAUUUGGAUGUAACUCCCACAUCCACAUUCAUAUUUCUCUUUCUCUUACUUUUGGUGAACUCUGCAGGCAGUAUAAUUUAACUCAGAAAAACACAGGAUAAAAGGAAAGCACACCUGUAACAGCUCCUUUUCAAGUCAGGUUUGGCACAUCGUCUCUGUGUACAUUAACAGGGAAAAAAAGAAUUCUUAAAUUUUACACAGAUAAGCACACUAUCCUUAUGGAGAAGAAGUGCAUUUGUGGCUAUCACAGGUUGGCACAAUUUUUUUCAUGGGCAAUCCACACUGAAGCUCCUUUUAGGAUUUUCUUAUAGUCACCAAAAACCGAUACGCUUGUGUUCAGUAUCACAUUAUAUUUCCCCUUCACUUUGAAGAAACGAAGCACUGACUACUAAUGUAAGUGUAGGUUCCUUUAUAUGGGGACAAUUUCUGAAAUGCUAAUUGAAAAUAAGUCAUGGGUUCCUUUCAAACAGCACUUGAGAAGGAAGCUCUCAAAUUAAAAUAAGAAGAAAUUGUAAUUUUGCAAUUAGAGAUUUCUGAUAUUUACAUGGGGGAGGGGGAAGCCCUGUGUGGGAUUUGAGAAACAUUUUUGGAUUUUUCAUAACUCAGGGAAUUUCUGAUUCUUAAAAACAAAGCCACACUUUAUUUACAAUCAGGGAUAUUCAUGGGGAGGGGUCAAAAAUGUCAAUUUGGCCUUGUAAUUAAAGCCCUACAUGUUUUUUAUGUGCAUACCAACAAUAUAACAUGGAGGGGUGACCAUUCAUGCUCAGCAUUUGAUUCCUAAAUGAAUUCUAAUGCUCUGUAUUCUGCUGUGGUAACCAACAAAUUUAACAGUCCACAGUCUUUCCAUCUCACAGUACAAAACAGAACCUUAACAAUUAUCCCACCUUCUUUAUCCAGGGUAACUACUGUAGUUUCUGAAUUUCCAAAAAGAAAGAUGCAGAACGAUUCUGCAAUGCUAGUUUAUAAGCAUUGCCCGUUUGUGUGAACAUGCUUUUCAUUUGCAAAUGCAAAAUAUAGUAACAAUUGCAGUCUAUAUUUUUUUUCAGUAGUCAAGAUUUUUCUCCAUGUUAAUGCCUCCAUUGUUGGUAACAUUCAUUAUUAAUGAUUAAUAGUUAAUUAUUAAUUUAAUACAUAAGCAUUUCUGCAAUUUAAUCCCUGAUGUGCAAUAAUUUAUUUCUUGCCUGUGUAACCAAGACAUGUGAUAGCUACCUAGAGACUCAGCAAAAGAAAACAAUUAGGAAUUUCACCUGUAAGAAAAUAAUUUUGCACCAGCACUUUGCAUUUCAUUCAGGUCCAGUUUGUUAAUUUGCAUUAUAAACCCAGCCUUGCUUAUAAUUAGGUGCAAUUUCUUGAUUAGAUAGAAAGGGGGAUUUGAACAAGCAAAAUUCCAUUUAUUUGAUACGGCAUUGCAAACCUGAGAAAUUCUCGCCACUUUGAAGAUAAAAUCUUCCCAAGAUCCCAUUCUUGAUAUGGUUUGAUUCAUGGAGUUCAACAGAAUGAUCAUUAGUUUUUCUGUGGUGCUACUAUAUGCUCCCCACUUUUUAUAACCAGGCUUAAGUGUAUAUUCAUAAGACACCUGAAGUAAGUUACAGUAGUGCUAACAAAAAAAUUAUAUUUGCAUACAUGAGAAAACAUUUGUUUUUAACCUCUUUUUUUAUCAACAAGAUCUCUUUUUAGCAAGCUGAAAUGCCUUUUAUCUCACAUGUAGAUACUUGAUCAAAUCUCUAGAUACUCUUCAGCUUUUAAAAGUAUCUUUUAACAGUUAAUAUGAGGAAUAUUUUUGCACUUAUUUUUCAUCUAUAUUUCUCUCAACUUUGCUCAAAAAGAUUAAUAUAAAAAUCUUUAUCAAACCCCCAAAAACCUGGCUCUUUCACAUCCCACUAUAAUGAGGGAUGUCAGGAAUUCUCUUUUAUAUGCAUCCUCUUUACUUUUCAAAAUUUUAUCUCCUGCUUAGUGAAACUGAUUCUGUAAAAUCAGAGAAGAUGGACACUGCAACUCUGACAAAUCUGAAUUCAAACUAGUAAGAAUAUGUACCUUACAUCUAGGGUUGCAUUUUUUAUACAUCUGGUGUUCCACCAAGCCUAAUGCUAAUUGGUGGUUAAUCUAUUCACACAUGAGUCUGUUCCUUUGAUUAUAUGUUUCUAAAUUGAGUUAAUAACUCCAUGAAAUUAUUCUUAAUCUGUAACAUGAAAUUAUUCUUAAUCUGUAACAAGCUUUCAUACUUUGAUGUCCAUGAUAGGGUUUAUCCUACCUAUAUUAUGUUUUAACUAAACAAAAUCAUACAUGCACUUGCUGUCUUCUUUAUAGCAAUACUGAAGAAUUUGGCCCUAGAGACCCUAACAUUUGUUAACUCUAACAGAAGAAAAUCUCAUACCAUAGAGUUUUACCCAAGAAAAUAUAGAAAAGGCAAUCGCUAGUGAGAAUUAGAAUCAGAAUCAUUAGAAUCCCGAAGUUAUACAUUAGAGAACUUGUAUGUUGUGGAUUUACAGAAUUCAGACCUUUCUCAUUCUCUGAACAUGUAGGGUGGAAUAGAGAAUCAAAUUAAAGAAAAAUGAUCCAUGCCAGUACCCCAUGAACUAUGAUGCCUGUAAAUGCCACACCAACAUAUAAAAAACAUGGCGUUUCCAUCUUUUAUUCUCUUUCCCUUCAUCCCCAAACAAUAGGAAAGUUUAUUACUGAACUCAUUUUUAUCAACUUUAUCCACAUGUUUAAUAUUGCAAUUCACAGGCUGCUAGAAUAAUAUUUUAUUAAAAAUAAUUUUAAUAUUAUCAGAAUAUCAGAAGAACCACAAUUUUUAGCCAUGUGGAAACUCCCAUCUUACUUGGAAUUAUAUUCAAUUUAUAGCACUGAUUGCCUCAAACAAGGUCUGUAAAGCUAUGUAUGUAACUUAAGUACUUCCUCUGAAAAUUAUAUUUAAGUUUGCUAUAACUUUGACACCUUGUUUUCAGAGCUAGUGGGGUGGGUUUAAUCAGUGCUAUAGAUCUCAAUAUUCCAUUAUCUUUAUUUCAAAUCUGCUUCUUCAAUUUUCUGUUGAUUACUGUAAUAAAAUCUUCCUUCCUUCCUAAUGCAUGAAUGGUAAUUUAUGGAAUGCAUGAGGUGUAUUUCUACUUAUUCUAAUUCAGCCACUUAUUCUUCUUCAACCAUGAUAUACACUGUAGAAUGAAUUAACUUAUUUCUGGCAUCUGUAAUUUACAGACAUUUGCAGAGGUUAUUUUCUUAUACCAGUUGCAGACAGUUAUUUUAUUAUACAACCAUGUAAGCAAGCAAGAAAAAAAAUGCUAUAAUCCUUUUAAGGAAGAUUCUUUUGUAACGAACUCUGAUAAAUGAAAUUUGUGACUGGGUUCAUGCAACACAUUAAGCCAUUGUAUCAGUGGGUUGGUUUUGACCUAGCACAACAUACGAACUCACCUCGUGUGGCUUGCAAACCAUGAUUUAUAGCUGAGCAUUAUAUAAAGCAGGCCACUACAGCUUGUUCCACAAACCAUGGUUAAAAUAAACUAUGACUUGUGUGACUUAUGAAACCAGCCACUGUUAUGUUAUGUUAAAUUAACAUAACUCUUUAAACUUUAUAACUUUAAGCAAAGCACAAAUGGAAGUUAAAGGUAUCUUUAUGCUACAGUUCAUUAUGGAACACUAUUACAGUAUUAAUAUAGAUUUGAGAUUGAGCCUUUUUUUUAUACUUAGCUUGUUUUUUUACCAGGAUAAUUCCAGAAUGUCUCUACCCUACAGAUAAAUAUUCUGAUUCAGAAUAUAUUUUGUUUUUAAUGUACUUACUUGCCAUUAUUUUCAAUGGAAUUAAUUUACAAAAUCCAUAUACUUUAGGAUUACAGCUUUUGAAGAAAAAAAAACUAAUCUAUUUAUGCCCAGAGUCAGUAAGGCUCAACUUGGUGUCCAAGAUUUGCAUCAAAUAGCAUUUCAUGAGUUUGGUAGGCCUUCAAUGGAAAUGAUGAUGCGGACAGAAUGAAGUGUCUGCUUUCGUUUAUGUACCAAAUCCCAGAGUGAUGUUUAAUGGUUACAUUUCUUCAGUAAUGUGACACACAUCCCAUCCCAUGCUGACAGAGAGAAAUGUUAUCUUCUCAAACAGUAUUAAGUUAUAGUAUUUUCCUAACGAUUGAAUGACAAAAGAUUACCAACACCAGGAAUUAUUUGUUUCAGCUACUAAUGAACUCUGUUGGUUCAAACUGUUCUAGUUUUUAGAUGCAUUUUGUUGAGAUAUACAAAGACAAAAAUGAAAGCUACAUAAGUUCAAAAUGUGUAAGGAACUGCAGCAUUUGAUCUCACAUCUUUGCCUUUCUACAAAAGGACCAAACUACAUUCUUUAAGGGAUUAUGUCAACUAAAUAGCACAUAUAUAAAUACCUCCUGAUUUUUAAAACAUUUAUAAAAUAAAAAAGCAAGCAAUAUAUUUUUUCACCAUAAUGAUCGAAAUCUGUUUUUCUUCCUUUAUUAACAGUUAAUUACAAAAUACCUAUAUUGCUAAUGCCUUGUUAUUAUCCAAGCACAUUGAGAGAGAGCAAAUAAAUUUUUAAAACCCAAAUUAUAGUUUGAAUAUGAGUCAGACUCUGCCCCUUUUGGCAUACGGCUGCACAAAAUUGAAGAGUCGAAACCUAUAGCAACAACUGACUCUAUGAAACAGGUAUAUUUAACUUGUGCAACCUAUCAUGUAUGACCUGCAAAUGGAUGAAUAAUCUGUACAGUAGGUAGGGGCAGUACAUUAUUGUGAUCUUAUUUUGUAAUACUCCUCUAUUUUAAAGCAGAGUUUUCAAAUAUUCUCGUAAUUAGAGCUAAACACAAUCAAGUCGUAAGAUAAAACGCUAGUAUUACCUAUCAAAGCAUGAUGCUCUUACAAAGUUUUGAUGCGUUGUUUUCCGCAUGAAGAACAGUGCCUCCCCGCACUUUCUGUAGAUAAUGUAGUUUAUCUUGGUGUAAUUUCAGUGAAAUUGUGUAUAUGGUAUUAAUGGUUGGUAUUUUAAUUUAAUUUAACUUCAACUCUGCUGGAAUAGAAAUUUAUAGUAAUAUGUUUGAAAAUAGAUUGGAUUAAGUUGGCUGGCUUUGGCUGCUAUAUUGGUAUUUCCAUUUCCAGAUGUUUAACAGCAAAAUUUCCAUAAUCUGCUACCCAUUGCUAUAUGGUGGUAUAAGCAGUAUAAUUGUGUUUAAAUAAUUGUUAUAACCCUUGUGUUCCAGCCAGGUUGCUGUAAAUACGUUAGUACUUGUCUUUAUAUAUCUAAACAAGCAGCAUGCAUAUGAGUGUAUGUACACCAAUCCCUGGCAUUUAGUGAAUGUGAGUGACUGUCUGAUGUUGCACUGUGAUUGCAAUAGCACUGCUACUUUAAUGAAUAAAUAUAAGCACAGUAUUAUAUUGAGCUGAUUAUGUAUUUUUCUGUAUACAUGAUAGAUUGGAGAUAUAAGGAUAGAUGUUAAUAAAUCGUUGCAACUAUCAACAUGUUGAUCCCUUGUAAAAAAAAAUCUUUUAUUUUGAACACUGUGUUUACCUUUUGAAACCGCAGUCUCAGCUUUUGCUUCUCAACCAGGACAUGGUGAUGGUCUAACCCUUCGAGAUUCCUCAAGUGUUCGUUUUUCACUUCUUCGCUGACCACAGUAACAAAUCCAAAUUCAAGGCAGUGUGUGAAAAGACAGACGUCUUUUUGAAGUGUAUUCUUGUACUUGUUCAUAUUCCAGUGUUAAUAGAUCAUGCGAAAAUAAAUUAUUGAGAUAAAAAUAUGGUAUAAAAUAUGCUAUCUUAGAGACUGUUAUUUGAAAAAAAAGGAGUCUUUAUAUAAAGUUGAAAUCAGACAAAGUCAGGAGAUUCAGGAAAAGGAGCAAAAGGUCCCCAAAUUUCAGUUAUGAAUAUUUGAUGUGGACAAACACUUAAUUGAUCUCAUAUUAGUUAUAAAUCCCAGAACAAAGCUACUGCAAUGCAGUUGCAGGCAAGAUUCGUUUCAUGAAUCUUUACAUAUAAUGAUACAAAAAAUUAAACAAUUCAUGAUAACCCUGAAUCAAAUUAGUUAACUGCCUGUCUUAAAUUCUCUAGAGCAGUGUUCCUAACCGCAGAAGCUUGAGAUGUGUGGACUUCAAUUUCUAGAAUUCCUGAUAAUGGUCACCAUGGCUGGGAGAUUAUGGGAGCUGAAGGCCCUAUAUCUUAAAAUCACUAAGAUUGGCAAGUAAGACUGAAGAACUAGGUUAUAACUAUUCCUUUCUUAACAGAACAAGGAACAGUUUUCCAGUUGUAAACUGAAUCUAGUUAUUGCCCAAACAUAGUUAUAUUAUUUUGCUUCUGUAGGCCUUGAAUGCAUGGAUACCAUAUAAUUAUGUAUAGAAAGGGGAGAUCCACUUAAUUCCACGCUCUGCAGGUAUAUUCAGCUAAGGAGAAUUAUUGUGGUUAUGAUCUCUUGAGAUCAUGGAUCUUGUGCACAUGACCUCUUAGACUGCAUUAAUGGUGGGUCACCCUACAAACAAAAGAAAGCACAAACUUGGCUUUGACUGUAAUUAAAAAUAUUCAUCUGAAAAAUGAAAUGGUGUAUUGUGUAAUUUCUAUGCCAAUUGUGUAAAAUCUAAUACAUGGAAAUGCUAAAUCUUUCUAUUAACAUUUAUUUACUACAGUAGCAAUGACUUGUUUACUAAGCACUUUUCAUAGUCCUUAUCUCCUUUAUCUAUACCUUUAGCAAUUAUUUGCUUUUCCUGUGUGAACUGAUUUCUGUAAUUUGUAUAUAAAACAAAACUGGACAUUCUUUAUAUACUGGAAAUAAUAAGCAAAAACAGUAUUUCACUAAAUGUUGGAUUUUUUAUGUACAUAUCAUCAAUAAAUGUGAAUUCAUAAUUUUCAUAGAUAGAAUCAAUGUGAGUAUAUCCAUUUACUUGUAAGCUCUAGAGAUAAUAUGUGAUGGAAGGAUGUGUGAAGAGUUACAGUCCAGUAACAAAUGUUUAUAUCUAUCCAUCUAUCCAUCUAUCUAUCUAUCUACCUACCUACCUACCUACCUACCUACCUACCUACCUACAAAUUUGCUAAUGAUUGACAUAUCAAACCAACAGAGCUACUUUCACAUGUGUUAGGUUUGCAGCUUCUACAGAUUUCUGUUCAUCCAUGCACUUUAAACCGUGAAGCUUGUUUUUCUGAUAAAAUAAUUUGAGUUAUGCUUCCAAAAUGUUGGUUUUUAUCUGUCUUUAAUGUAGAAAAGCUGCCCAUGAAAUAAAAAUGUACCUCUGCCGUUGUCUGCUAGACCAACAUUGCCAUAGCAUCUAAUAGUGGGAAAAUAGUUACACCUAUAGAAAAUGGUUCACGAUAGAAAUUGCUUGUAUUCAUCAGUCUUGUUCAUUUUGUAAAAUUAAAUUAGCACACUAAGCAUCCAAAUUUUGAUUACAUUGCCAUGGGGAUGCUGCAAUGGUUGCAAGUGUGAAAAACAGUCAGAAGUCAGUUUUUUCAGUGAUAUUGUAACUUCAAACAGUCACUAAAUGAACUCUUGUAAGUCAAGGUCUACCUGUACCUAAGUUGUACUUGUGCAUCUAUUUUUAUCCUGCCAAAUACAGAAAUUCACAUUUUUAAUUAUUGAAUAACAUUCUAUUGGAUAGGGUCAAUGUUCAACCCUAUCAAAAUACCUCAUCUGGGGUAUUAGUAAGUCUUCCAGCUUUGUGUCAUUUGCAAAUUUUAUGAGCAAUCCUUUUAGUCCCUCAUCAAAGUCAUCAAGAGCAAUGGCCCCCAAACUUUUGGGCACCAGGGGAUCAGUUCCAUGGAGAGAGGUUUUCCCGUGGACCGGAGGGCAUGGUUUCGCAUGCUGCCUGCAUCCUACAGAUGGGACUUCACUUGUUUGCACAGACUGGUUUUUGCAUGCCACAGACCGGUCCUGGGCCACAGACUGGUGGUUGGGGACCCCUGAUCUAGACAACUGGGUCCUAGUCAGAACCCCCUGAGCUACCCUUUGCAUGCUUCCUUUCAUGUAAACUCAUUAAGGACCAUGUGUUAAUUGUUCAGCCAGCUGCAAAUCCAUUUUGCAGUGGAAUGAUCCUUUUCAUAUUGGUCCAAUUUAUCAAAGUUAUGGUCAAGUUUUUCAAAUCUCUUUCUGAAAUACAAAAUAAAGUAUUAAAAAACCCAAUGAAGUUCAUUUCCCCAUGUAGUUCUGAUGUUAUCUAGCCAGGUAAUUUACAAGAGAAGCUGGGUCAAAUAUCAAAAACCUACAGAAGAAUAUGUUGGUAGGAAUAGGAAUCAGAAGUAGUAUUUCUGAUUAAAAGGGCCUCUGUGGCUCAGGCUGCUAAUGCAGUCUGUUAUUAACAGCAGCAGCCUGCAAUUAUUAUCCCACCAGGCCCAAGGUUGACUCAGCCUUCCAUCCUUUAUAAGGUAGGUAAAAUGAGGACCCAGACUGUUGGGG